CUUCGAGGCAUCCAUACCAACCAAGUAAACGCCGAUCUUCACAAACCUCAAAAGAUCCGAUGUGACUUUGAAGGACACAAACCCAUUAAAGUUACCUGGAAGAAAGAAGGAGUUGUCGAUUUUGAUUCAAAAAGGGUGAAGCAACAAGUUAGCAUGCUGAUUUUUGAACAAAUUGAGAAAACAGAUGAGGGCCAUUACUGGUGCAGGGGUGAAAAUGCCUUCAGCAGUGCAGAGAGCUAUGUCAACAUCUCUGUCUACGUUUAUCCCACGUUUGUCCUGCGGCCGAAGAACACUACAGCUUUCGUAGACGAUCACUUGUGGCUCCAUUGUAACGCAUCAGGUGACCCUAAACCCAAGAUCAGUUGGAGCAAAGAGGAGCAAGGAGGAGACAAGUUAGAUAAAGAGCGGUUCUUUUCGUUACCUAAUGGAACUCUUCACAUCAAAAAGGUGCAAUUGUCUGACCAGGGCAGGUACUACUGUAUCGCUGCUAACCACGCUGAAAUGAAACAGAGCAAAUUCAGUCUUAGAGUAAAACCCCAUCCUUUCGUCAAAGACAGCGAAUCACCACCAUCCAUGAUAAACAUAAAAUUUGUUCCCUCCACAGCCCAUCCUGUCGUCGAAAGCAUCAAGUCACCAGCCUCCAUGGGCCGCACCAUAGGAAUUGCAGUCGGGUGUGCAGCAGCAUACAUUGUUUUGGUGGUGGGUUUGAUGAUUUACUGUAAAGGGCGACGAGCCAGGCAAAACAAAAAAGAAGAGGUCUUGCCACCAGAAUGCGAAAACUUGAACGUCAAUGGUGACAUCGAACAAAAAGAUGGAGAAGGAAACGACAUGACAAUGAACCCCAUCUACAGAUCACAACCCAGUUACGACAAGAUGGAGUUUCCAAGACACGAUCUGGAGGCCCUCAGGAGCCUGGGUAACGGUGCUUACGGUCGAGCAUUCCUGGCGCGAGCCAGCGGAAUCCGUGACGGUGAGAAGGAAACCAUGGUGGUUGUGAAGGCAUUGGUGAGUAAUGAUGACCAAGUACGCGAGGAUUUUAGCAAGGAAAUGGAAGCGCUCUGUAGUCUACAGCAUAGUAAUGUGGUCACUCUGCUGGGCGUGUGCAAAGAAGAAGAACCAUUUUAUAUGAUCUUCGAAUCGUUGGAAAAGGGUGACUUAAAGCAGUUUCUUCUGUCUUGCUACGAUAACGGCCGAAGCACGUUGAAUUCAAAUCAGAAACUCGCCAUUUGUGGACAAGUGGCGACGGGAAUGAACUAUCUAAGCUCACAAAACUUCGUCCAUAAGGACCUGGCUGCGAGGAAUUGUAUGGUUGGUAAAGAUAUGCAGGUCAAGAUAGGCUUCUUGAGUUUCAGUUACGAUCUCUACAACAAGGAGUAUUACCGCUUCAACAACGUACAGAUACCGUUAAGAUGGAUGCCUCCAGAGGCCAUUUUUGACGAUGAUUUCUCCGAGAAGAGCGACGUCUGGUCGUUUGGAGUGUUGGUCUGGGAGAUUUACACUCUUGGCCAGCUACCGUAUCACGAUCGGUCGAACGAGGAGGUCCUGAAAUGCGUGAAGGAUGAUCUGCGUCUGCCUAAGCCUGAUAACUGCCCGGAUACGGUUCUCGAGGUUCUUGAGAAAUGUUGGGAAGGGAAUCCGCUGGCUCGCCCGACCUUUGCGGAACUCAUGGAUGACGUUGCGGGAAUAAGUGUGGAUAGUCACGUUUGAUUUCAUAGCGCAACCAACCUGCUCGAAUUCUUCAAUAAAAUUAGACCACAUGAACCACUCCCUGGCUAAUCAUUGGUGUCGUGAUUUUUCAAGCAAGGUGAUUGCAAAGUGCAGAUUAGAACUAACUUAUUUCUUCCUGAAAGUGUAUUUCAAAUAAGUGGCACUUUGGCGAACUUUUGAACUGAGGGGCUUGUGUACGAUGCUUUCUAGAUUUCUGGACGUUAUUUUUGUUGUUGUUUCUAUUUUAACGAUUAUGAAAUGCAGUUAUUUUGUUUUUUGGCCAGAAUCCGCUGAAAGAAUUGUUCAUCUCCUAUUUUAAAAUUUGCGGGCCGGUUUCUGCUAAAGAUUAGAAGAUUUCAUUUAUUUCAAUAGGCAAUUUCCGAAUUACUUUUGGCCUCUUUAUCAAAACGAGGUCUGGUGCUCAA